AUUACCCACUUCAUAAUUAUCAACAAUUUUCUUUCUAAUUCUAGAAUAAUCAAAAGAGAAAAAUUAAAUUGUCAAACAAAACGAUUGUUUCUUUUUCAAUUUUUUAUUAGGCUUUACAUUUUCCCUUCUUUCAUUUUGAGGAGAUAUGUCAGAUCCAAACAAUUACAAGGCAACAGGUGUACCAACACAAACCGCACCUCCGUGCUCUGUAGACACGGAGAGACAGACUCCAGCCACCGGAGGUGCACAGAGACAAACUCCUCCGGUGGCUAGCUCUGGGAUGGGACGAUUCAUCGAGAGAUGGAAGAGAGAAGAUAUGUUGAAGAAGGGUUGUUUCGGCUUACGUUGUAUUGCUUUGCUUUUCUCAUUGUUUGCUUUCAUAAUCAUGGCUAGUAAUAAGCAUGGUGAUUGGAGAGAUUUUGAUAAAUAUGAUGAAUAUAGGUAUUUGCUAGCUAUAGCAAUUCUAUCCACAUUGUAUACAGUAUCGCUACUGCUGAUACAAGUGUACCAACUUUCAACUAACAAGGAAAUAUUUUCGCGGAAGAAUUCAGCUUUCCUCGAUUUUUAUGGUGAUCAGUUGAUGGCAUACUUGUUACUAUCAGCUGCUUCAUCUGCUGUACCGCUGACAAACAGAAUGAGAGAAAACAAUGACAACAUAUUCACAGAUUCUUCAGCAGCAGCAAUCGGCAUGGAGUUUAUAGCAUUUCUAGCUAUGGCAGUGUCAGCUAUCAUUUCUGGAUAUAAGCUUUCGAAACAAACCUACAUCUGAUAAGAAAAUACUGUUUCAUUUUUUAUUCUCUACAUUUCCUUCAUUUGUUACAAAUUUAUCGAUAUUUCAUUCAUUGAAGAAGUCAUUUCUCUGUAUCUUGCUCUGUAUUGUUCGUUUUGAUAAAUCAAUUAGUUGAGGUGUAGA